CCGCGGGCCCUGCCGGGGAGGGGGCUGGGCGGGACCCCGCGUGCGCCGCCGCGCGGGGCUCGGGCUCUAGCUCUGGCUCGCGGCGGAAAGAGGAGGAGGCCGAGUCUCCCUUCCCCGGGGUCCCGUGUCGGCGUCCCCCUCGCUGCUUGUCACUUCCCCUGCCCCAGGGCCUCCGUUGAACGCCGCCUUCCCGCUCCCGUCGCAGCCUUCCGCUGUCCAGAGCGCGGCCGAGCCGGCGGAGGUCGUGCAGGCCGAGCCCCGUACCCUCGUGCGACAACGGAGCCCCUCGGACUACAGAGGUAGAAGCGCUGGGCCUGGAGCCCAGUCCUGAGGAGGACAUCUGGCAGCCCAGGGGCCAGUGACACCUGCUGUGGGAAGCUGGAGCAUCUGCAGGAUGGUGGAGACUGGGGACCUGCUACAGCUGCGGCUGCUCAACCUGAAGCUUCUGAGGCAGCUGUGGGUCGGGCAGGAUGCUGUGCGACAGUCGGUGGCCAGGGCAGCCUUAGAGUCCAGCCAGGACUUCCGCAGCAGCUGUGACUCAGAGAUGUCAUUAUCUCAAGAGACUUCCUCAACCUCCUCACGAGCCUCUUGCCCACGGGACAAGUGCCACGUGUGGGGCCUACCAGAUGCUAACGGAAGUGACGAGGCCAGCUCGAGGACGGCCUCCCUUCCCCCUGCCAAGUGCCAGCUCCAGGAGUCCCUGGACCCGGUGAGAUCCAACUCAGCACCCUGGCUGUCCUCCUCUGACUUGGGGGACCCAGAGCUUUCUGCAGGGCUGGCUGAUCGGGGGCCCCAGGAGGAACGGCCCCUGAAGCCCAUCUUGGCUCAGCAAAGCAAGCCGUCCAAGCCUAGUGUGACCUUCUCCGAGGAGGCUGCAGUGCCUGAGAAGAGCUGGCCACUCAAGCCGUACCUGGGCUACGACUGGAUUGCAGAGUCUCUGGACAACAGCUCUCCCGUCACCGGCCAGCCUGAGGCCUUCUUCUCGAAGUUGCAGGAGUUCCGGGAAGCCAAUAAGGAGGAGUGUAUUUGCAGCCACCCCGAACACCAGCUCCUGGGCCUGCCCAAAGCCGGCAGCGUGGAGAAAGACCACGAGUGCGUGUACUGUUACCGGGUCAGCCGGCGCCUGUUUGUCGUGCCUUUGGAUCCCAGCACCCCCUGCCGCCUGUGCAGGACACCGCGGGACCAGCGGGGCCCUGAGACCCUGGCGGACCCGGUGGAGGUCAGGGUGAGCAUCCCGCUGUCCAUCCUGGACCCCCCGCACCGGUACCACAUCCGCCGGCGGAAGAGCUUCGAUGCCUCCGACACGCUGGCCCUGCCCCGGCACUGCCUGCUGGGCUGGGACAUCCUCCCUCCGAAGUCCGAAAAAAGCUCAGCAGCGCCCAAGAGUCUGGACCUCUGGUCUUCUGUCUCCCCCCAAGCCCGGCACUGGAAGCUGUCAGCCACCAGCCCUACCCAAGUGGUAUGGUUUAAGUCGUGACCCAGCCUGGGGCACCCCUAGGAGGGACAGAUACUUUGGAGCAGGCCUGGGGACUGCAGAGUCCCCAGUAGGAUUGGGGUGGGGAGUGAGGAGCCUGGGAGCAUCUCUACAAGGGCCUGACCCCGGCCCAGACCCAGAGUAUCCCUCAGGCCUCUCCCACUCCUUCCACCUGCCCUGCUCUAGCCAGGAAGGUGACCCUGCCUGCGAGAUUCAGAAGGGGGUGAGGCUGGAACUGGGGACGACCUGCUCCCCAGUGGCCCCCCUGACACUUCCCCAUUCUCCAUCCAGGCUUUGCCAGUGCGGGUCCCACCCCCAAUCCCUAUCUGGUCAGAGGCCCAGGUCUCCUGGCCCCAUGCCCCACGGCAGAAGCCCUGAGGACUGACCACUUGGAGAGACAGCACUCCUGCCACCUCUAGCCUCUGCCCUCUGGCAGAGCACUCCCUACAUGGAAGCUCCCACCUGGUCUCAGCUGGCUGUGGCUCGGGCCCUGCUCUCCUAGGUUGGGCAGGUGGGUGGCCCGGGCCUGUCUCCUGCCUGGAGUCCACACAGGGGACUUCUGGGUGGAAGGUAAGGGGAUUCUGUGGCAAGUUUGUAAAUAAAGCUCAGAUCUGUGCAGCUCCGA